UCUAUUUUGACAGAGAAGGAAGAGCUGCUCUAGUCACCUCAUUUAGUAUGUUUAAAUAUAUGGCAUUGUACAGUAUCAUACAGUUUGUGUCUGUCAUGAUUUUGUAUUCUAUAAUGUCCAAUCUUGGUGAUAUAAUGUUUUUAUAUAUUGACAUAUGUAUCAUCACUGUGGUGGCUAUUCUCAUGGGGCGAAGUGAAGCAUAUGAUAAGAUUGUAACAAAGAAACCUCUGACACAUUUGAUGACCACCCCUAUACUUGUGUCAAUAUUGCUACAAAUCCUUGUUCAAGUUGCCAUUCAAACAGCAGCAUUUUACAUCUUGAAGGCCCAGGUUUGGUAUGAACCGCUUGAAGCAGAUACUGAAGACUAUGAUGCAAAUAUUGUCUGCUAUGAAACCACAACUAUAUUCUUGGUGUCUGUGUUUCAAUAUUUAAUUGUUGCUGUGGCCUUUUCUACUGGCAAACCCUACACCAAACCUAUAUAUCGUAACUUUCUAUAUACUGGAGCUCUAGUUUUGCUAACUUUGGUUUCAAUCUUCAUCGUUUUGGCUCCAAUUGAUUGGUUAGAGCACUUCUUUGAGAUGGGCUUACACAUGCUACUGUGUCAGUGUUCUUCCGGAUGGGCUUACGAAUGCCUCUAUGUCAGUGUUCUUCCAGAUAGGCUUACAAAUGCCACUUUGUCAGUAUUCUUCCGGAUGGGCUUACAAAUGCCACUAUGUCAGUUUUCUUCCGAAUGGGCUUACGAAUGCCACUAUGUCAGUGUUCUUCCAGAUGGGCUUACACAUGCCACUCUGUCAGUGUUCUUCCAGAUGGGCUUACACAUGCCACUAUGUCAGUGUUCUUCCAGAUAG